AUGCAAAAGGUCGACAGCAAACUGGAAGAUGCUCAAAGGCUCAGAUCCCCCAAGGCAUUGUGUGACGCAACAAGGGCUUUGACUGAUUGGCAGAAGAUAGCAAUAGGGACAAAGGAGGUUGAUGAGCUUCACUUCCUGUCCAGGGAACGUACACUGAAGCAGUUAUGGUCAAGUCUUGGGUUUGGAAGUCUUGAGGAUGAUCUGACGGCGUCAAAAUCUAAAAGCAAGUCAACUCAAGAUGGUCCAAGCAAAGAAGAAAUGCAGGCUGCCUAUGCUUACUAUGUUGAGGAUUGGUGUCUCUGGUCUCCACAGUUUGGUGGAUGGGUGCAAGGAUAUUGGGGUAUUGCAUCUCAAGUCCUUGUCCACGGAGGCUCUGUGGGCCCAGAUAGGACUGCCAGGUGGGAUCAGUUCCCGUUUGCAGAGCCUGGCACUGGUGAAAGCGCCAAAGACAUGGCUCCACUGGCCAAAACUUGUGCGGUGCCGUUUUGGCAUCAAGUGGUAGGCACUCUCAGAAUCUUGGAAGGCGCUUUCACACAGAGAGUGGGCAAUUGCGCCCAACCAACUUUACUGUGCAACAAUGUUGGACUUGGAAAGACGGUGCAAAUCAUUGGGGUCAUUAGCAUGAUCCAACAUUACUAUAAGCAACAGGAACUGCCAGCCAAAGAGCGUCUUGCAACACCCAUGUUUAUCCAAGAGCAAAGCUCGCCAUACUUUGCAGGCCAAAAGACCAUACCAAAUUUGCCAUCAAUUGUCAUUACUCCGCGGACACUUGGCAAUCAAUGGAUGGAGCAAUGGAAGAAGUUUACCCAGCUUGGUAGUUUUGUUCCUGUCCGGUACUCAGUUGAGAGCGGCACCCUUGAGAGCUUCUGCAGUGACCCAACAGGUCCAUACUGCGCUGCAGCUGGACAAGACUUGGAGCAUGCAGGGCGAGUGGUUAUCAUUGCAGACCUAUUGGCUAUUGCAAAGGAAGCAAAACGGUGCUUACAGCUCCCUCCUGCAUUCAAGGGCAGGGAUCAGCAAUGCAGGCUCACUCUUUGGAAUGCGCUUUGGGUGGCAGCUGUGGACAAGAUACACAAUCUCCAAAACAGCAGUCACACUCAACAAGGGGUUCAGCUCAUUACUCAGUCCUUGUCCUUGGUGAUUGGAGCAACCGCCACACCAUUGUUUACGUUGCUCAAAUGCCUGCUUGCUCUUGGACGGAACCUGCGCUACCUGCCAUUGCUUGGUGAGCAAGGAGUUCAGGUCUGGAACAAGAUGCAGGAAAUGCUGUCAACUGGUAAUGAAAGUUGGAGGCUUACAAGCACAGCGGUAAUUCAAGCCACAGUAGAAAGGGAGCUUCAAGCGGCACUUUUACUUGGCAAAAUUCCCUUGUACAACCCCCGCGCUGCUAAGAUCAAGGAAGAACUGGAAAGCAAGUACCAGGCUGAGGACCAGCGGAGCAUCCUCCAUAUGAUUCAUGUCUCAAAGCAGCCACUAAACAUGUUGCGCUUGCUUCUUCUCCCCAUCAUGAUUUGUCGCACAAAUGAGUCCUUAGACUAUUUGGGCAGACAAAUCUUGGAUCUCCCGUUUGUACAGAAGUUCAUUGCUUGGGCACCCAUGAAUGAAGAAGAGAAGGAAAUGCAACGGGUCAUCAAUCAAGAGCACACACAGCAGAAGAGCAAAAAAACAAAACUGGCGCAAAAGGCUAAGGCUGCCAAGAGACAAAAAAGAAAGCAAGCGCAGGACAAUGUGGGUGACAAUGAGGAUGAGGAUGUAGAUGAGAAUGCAUGGAAUGGGUCUCAGGCACAGGGGGAGGUGGAACGGAGCAAUUGCAAGAAUGUCAGGUGGCAUAACUUCCUGAUAGAACAGAAGUUUGCUGGUAUGCUGGCUAAGCUGGGAGCGCUACGGCUGGAAGAGCAGGCUCAGGAGCUUGAUCAUGGUACCUUGACAAACAAAGUCACCGACGACUGGACAGUGGAGAAUCCGCCCCAGAAGAUGUCCACAAGGAUGCAAUGUGUCAUGGGAUUGAUUGAGUGGUUCUGGAUUGGCAACCCCAAACCCGUUGCAUUGCUUGAGGAUGGUACACUAGAUAAAGCAAGGCUUGUGCAAGAACCUUUGCCCAGCAAGAAGCCGCGGAAGUUUCUCAUAUACGUCAAAUUUCAGCAGCACCAAGCACUCAUUGCAAAGAUGCUCACUCUCAAAGAAAAAGACUAUGUGACGUACAACAGCUCUAUGGCUACCACCAAGCGUCAACGGUCUGUUGAGAAGUUUGCCAAUGACCCAUCAUGCCAAAUCAUGAUCAUCAGCAAUGUAGGCUCAGCUGGUCUCAACUUGGUGGAAGCCUCAGUUGUGAUCAUUGUAAGCAGUGUUUGGUCUGGGCUUGAGCUUGACCAAACCACGGGUUGCGUUGAUUGCCCUGGGCAGCUGCAAGAUGUAGCUGUAUACAACAUCAUGGCGCCAGAGGGAAUUGAUCUGGCCCUGAAUCUUGCAAAGAACCUUGCAACUGUGUACUCGGAAAUUGCUCACCACACUCCAAUGAUCACGAUGAGCUUGACUUGGAGGAGAUCCCUGCAGUCCCUUCAACAAAGGGUACAAAACCAUCCACUUCCAAAGCUGGGCCACACAAGAGAAAAAGCCAAAAUGAACAAUGCUCUCAAGAUGCAAAUGCUGUUCAAAGCUAGCCCUACCAAGGCACUGGGAUCACAGGUUCUGGUGCUCCCUCAAGCAAUUUGUCCUAGAAUCUGUAAGGACGUCGAGGAGGGUGUACCUACCACUACACCAAAUGCCAUUGGUGCCCGGACAAUGGUGGCCAGUAGUCAACAAAAGACUAAGUUCCAUGCAAAAAAGGCAAGACUUGAUCACUCUUCUUCUGACCCGUCAUUGGUGGCUGCGGCAACAACACAGCCAAGUCAGCCUUUAUCUGCGACAGGGCCAAUAUUGGUGCCACCCAAGAAGCGCACAGCACCGUCCAUGGAUCCACCAAGCAGCAUGCCAACACAUACAGAUCCAGCUGCCAGUGGUAGCUCUUCAAGACAAGCACCAAUUGUUCCCAGGCCAUCUGGAAGUGCGCAGCCAAGAGCAGCUACUGCUACACUGGAGCAGCUGUUGCAAUUACAGCCUGGGUCUAGCUCCACAGCACCUACUACAUCUGGGCACUCAGUAGUCACAGGAGGUGGAAGCUCACAGAGGAAGGUGUUCCGUCUGAAAGCAUCAAAACUCUCAGCUAGUAAUCACUCUGUUGACGCAAAAAAGUAA